AUGGCAUCUAAUCGUCCUCCAUUACCAAUAUAUUCUCAUCUUAUAACACCAGCUCGUCGUACAAAUACAUUUCAAGGUGGUCAGAGACCUUCGAAUAUAAUUAAAUUAGCUUCAUCAACUAUGUCAUUAAAUGGCAAUGAAACACCAUUAAAUAAAACACAUCUUUUUUCACCAUCUGUUAAUGCUCAAUCACCAUCAUCAUCAUCAAAUGAUCAUCUGCUCAAAUAUGAUAUACGAAGAUUACGUGCAAGUCUUGAACGUAAAGAAGAACAAAUUAGUUGGUGGAUGGAAAAAUCAAUAAAUGAUAGUGAAAAAUUCGAAGCUUUAAAAACUAAAUUAGAACAAACCAAUCAUCAAUAUGAUUUAACAUUACAAUGUGUUCGCUCAACACUUGAUGGUUUAACAUGUAUGAAUCGAUCAAUAAAUGUUAUAUUUAUGCAAGAAGAUAAAGAAAAUAAAUUUUAUGAUUAUGAACAAGAAGAAUUAAUUGAAGAAAAUCUUGAUGAACAUAUUCCUCUCGUACUUCUAUCACAUUUAAAUAAUAUUUGUAUAAAAUUAGCUAAAAAUAUUGAUUUACUUCUUCGUACACCACUCACAACAGGUGUAUCAACACUAAAACAGUCACAUCCUAUUCAAAGACAAGAAUCUAAUGCAUCAUCUAUAUCGAAACAAUCAAAUAAUGAUGAUGUAAAUGAUAUAACAAAUAAUGUUUAUGAAGAAAUUAUCGAAAAACUUAAUAAUGAUAUUGUUUUAUUAAAAACUCGUCUCAAUGAACAAGAAUUUCGAACAAAUACUCUUGAAGAUGAAUUAAAUCAAUGUAAAACGGCUCAUUUAUCAGCUAAAAUAUCAUUUGAUACACAAGAAAAAAAAUUUCAAGAACAAUUACAAACUAAAGAUAAGCAACUUUUAUCGAUAGCAACAAAUGAACAUGAUGUUAUACGACAAUUAUUAGAUGAAAAAACUCAUGCAUAUGAAUGUUUAAAUGAAGAAUAUAUGUCACUUAUGACAAAAUAUCAGAGUGAAUACAAUCGAAAUGUUGAUUGUAUGAUAAAAACAGAUGCAUUACAUGAACAUAUUCGUUUAUUAAGUGAAACAUUAGCUGAAAAAGAAAUUAAUGAAGAAAAAUUAACUACACAACAACAACAAAUGAAAAAACUUAUGACAUUACUUGUACCAACAACAGCAACAUUAUCAAUAAAUAAAAAACAUCAUGAUAAAAAAACAUUUGGACGAAAAGUUAAACGACAUCUACGAGAAUCAUUUUCAUCACUUGUUAAUCAUAAUAAACCAACGUCAAAUAAUUAA